CGGACUGCGAGGGGCGGAGCGGCAACAUGGCGGCGUCGGGAUCUGGUGACCCUGUUGAUGCUAAGAGUGGAGAGGCCCCUCCGGCUCAGCGCAUCGACCCUACUCGGGAGAAGCUAACUCCCGCGCAACUGCAAUUCAUGCGGCAGGUGCAGCUCGCCCAGUGGCAGAAGACGCUGCCGCAGCGGCGGACCCGGAACAUCGUGACCGGCCUGGGCAUUGGGGCCCUGGUGUUAGCUAUUUAUGGUUACACCUUCUACUCGGUGUCCCAGGAGCGUUUCCUGGAUGAGCUGGAGGAUGAGGUCAAAGCUGCUCGAGCCCGGGCUCUGGAAAGGGCAUCAGGACCCUGACCCGGAUGGGCAGCGCGCAUCUCCAACCUGCUGGAGCCCCUUCACGUGAUGGAUAUUGCCCCAUCGCUCUGUAGAAAUUGAAGCCUUCUCACAGCAUUGCUUGGAUGAUGACAGCCCAAGAAGCCAGGGAUUUAUGCAUUUGGCCGUCGUCAAGGGAACAUUGCCCACUUCACACUCACUGUACGUGGCAACUGAAGCCUUCUUGUAGUUUGUUUCCCUGUUUGAGAGAUAUCUGACCUUAGCUUUUCCCAAGUUUUCUGACUUUAUUGUUUAUCCCCUUCACCUCCCAGGGGCUAGGAGGAUGGAGGAUAAGAGGUGGGCUGUUAAUGGGGGGUAGGCAUGGCAGCUUUUUGCAGUGUUGGAGCCUAAAGUGGGAAGAAUGGGGUCAAGUUGAGAAUAAUAAACUGAGUCCUCUCUCUUGGAGUCA